AUGGAACACCCAGUGCAUGUUUUAGAUGACAAAACUAAAGCGCAACGAACAAUGAUGGAUGUUCCAAAUAUUUCUUUACCUGCUCAGUCUCCUCUUUCUUCCUUCGGUGUUCAGCAGCCUCCUACUGGUGCGCCUGCUCUUCCCCCUCCUCAAAACCAGUCUGUUCAACAUGUCGAUAUGUCUUCAAAUAUUGCUAAUAUGUCUGCUGGAAGAAAUCAAAAUCGAACUUUAACUAAUUCUAAGCGUGCUGCACAAAAUAGGGCUGCUCAGCGUGCUUUUCGUCAGCGUAAAGACAGAUAUAUUAAAGAUUUAGAAGCAAAGGCAAAGAGUUUAGAUACAAUUAAAAAGCAAUUUGAAAAUUUAAUUAAAGAAAAAGAUGAAAUGGCUCAGAUCAUUCGUAAUUUACGUAUUGAGAUUGCCAAAUAUAAGGGUGAAGAAAUUAGUGAUGAUGAAGGCCGUCAGUCAUUUGGUGGAAAUAAUAAUCCUGCUAGUUCUAGUUCUUCUUAUUCUCAUUAUGGAAAUCAUGCGAGAGAUGAUGAAUCUCAAGGUCUCGGUGAAGAACCUUGGCUUAGGCAUAAGGAUGGUCGUAAGGAAGGUUCAUCUACUUCUAUAUAUAAUAUGAAUGAUGACCGUCCUAGCUCCUUCCCUUUCUCUCCUAGUUCUUCUUCAUCGAGUUCUUCUACAACAAAUCGUUCUGGAUCCGGUCUUACUGAAUCUUCACAAAGAGGGUCUGGUUUAAUUUUACCUUCAGGUCACAAUACCGAUUCCUCUGUUGAGCCUUAUUUUAGGCCUGAUUAUCGCAAUGCUAAUUCUCAUUCUAGUCCUUCUCCACCUUCUUCUUCUGCUGAUCGUAACAUUCGUGGUUCAUAUAAUAAUAAUUCUGUCUCAAAUGGAAGACCUGGUUAUUCCAGUAAUGAAGAAGAUACUGAUCGUGUAUAUGAUGAUUUGUGCGAGUUAUUAAAAACCAGGACCCGUCCAGCAUUACCCCAUAAUAUUAAUGUAUGGUCAUCAUCUCAUCCUCAUUCACCAAGUCAAACGAAUGUUGUGGCGACAAAUGGAAGUGGUACUGUUGUUGGGUAA